GGGCGCCCCUUCCCUGCGCUCCCGCGGCCGCUGCCGUCCCUCCUCCCCGCCAGCAGGUGCCCCUCGGCCGCCGCUUCCUCUUCCCGGGCGGCGGAGGCGGCUCGAGCAGCCGCGUCCGUGCGGUGGGUGCUCGGGGAAGGGCCUGUCCCCGCUGCCUCCAUUGCGGCCUGCGGGGACCCGGCCUCGGCAUCCGCGGGCACCCGCAAAGCCGCGGAGGCCGCUGGAGAACAGCGGGGCCGGAGGCGAGCGGCGGAGGCCGGUUGCAGCCUCCUAAGUAACUCCUGGUCAGACUUGCAGUACCCAACCUUCCUGUUUGGCCUGUUGCAACUCUGACUCCUCAUCAAGCGUGGUCCUUUUGGUGUUCCAGAAGGACCUGGGUGUGAAUCCAGUGCGCUGGUCAGCAGGUACCAGCAGGACCAGUGGCACUUUUGCUAUUACUCAACUGGAAACUCGCGCAUCCCAGAGCGUGACUCAACCGCUUUUGAUGCGCUUCCCUGAAUGCUCAGGAAUAACGAGACACAUCUUGCAUUGCAUGGAAAGGAUGCUGUUCCCCCUGCCUCUGCGGGUAGCCUGCAGUCUGCUUGCCUGGUUCUCUCUCUACACUUGGUUCUGCCAUCGCUACAGGCACCGGAAUUACGAAUGGAGCUGCAGGCUGGUCACUCUGACCCAUGGCAUCCUUGCUACCUGCCUCUCUGCUUACGUUGGCUUUAUUGAUGGUCCCUGGCCUAUGAGUCACCCAGGAUCACCAAACACAACUCUCCAGGUACAUGUGCUGUGCCUUAGCUUGGGCUACUUCCUCUUCGACCUCUGUUGGUGUGUGUACUUCCAGACAGAGGGUGCCCUGAUGCUGGCCCACCAUCUGGUGAGCAUCUUGGGUAUCACAGCAUCGCUGGCACUCGGGGAGUCAGCUGCGGAGGUCAAUGCCGUCAUCUUUGGCAGCGAGAUCACUAACCCGCUGCUGCAGGCUCGCUGGUUCCUGAAGGAGAUCGGGUGUUACCACAGUUUCACAGGUGACGUGGUGGAUUUCUUCUUUGUGGUCCUCUUCACUGGGGUGCGGAUUGGAGUGGGGGCCUGGCUGAUGUACUGUGAGCUUGCUUCUCCCAAGCCCAGGUGGUACAUUAAGCUGGGCGGCGUCAUCAUGUACGCUGUCUCCUGGGUUUUCAUGGUCAGCAUCUGCCGCUUCGCUCGGAGGAAGAGCAUGAAGAAGUACCAUGCCUGGAGGAGUCGGAGGAGUGAGGAGUUAUACUUGAGAGCUAAUGGACACCUGAAAACCCACUGACGGGAUGCUGAGUAAAGACUUCCUCGAGUUCGCAGUCUGGCAAGGAGGGGAUCGUGCCUGAAAUGCCACUGUUGGGAGAGGAGCCAACACACGUUAGCAAUUCUGGAGCCAAAUUUAUCCCUGGCAUAACUCCACUGAAAUCCAUGGAGCUAUGCCAUGGAUUCAUUGGAUCUGCAGCGUUUGGCCUGGCAGAGGUUGGCUCAGUGUCUACGUAAGCAUACACUAAAUGAUAUGAGUGAAAGAAGGGCUAAUUUUACUGACUAAACAUAACCAGUCCAGCAGUCAGGUGUAAAUAGUAAUUUUCAUAGCUAACUCCUUCAGCACUGGUAGAAUCUUGGCAAAGAGAGGACAUAACACUAGAUCUUCACGUUCAGAGUCCUGUACAGUCUAGACAGUUAGAGUGACUCUUCAUAGUGUUAGGAAGAAGCAUCUUCUAGUGUUUUGUCAGAGUUGGGAUUCCUGGCUCUUCCACCAACUUGUUACGUGACCUUGGGCAAGUCACGUAACUCUAACUCUGUGCCUCAUUUCCCCAUCUGUGAAUUGGGGGUGAUGGAGCUGAUCCAUCUGCGUUAUGCACUUUCAGAUUUUCACUUGAGAGGUGCUAUGUGAGUGCAAAAUGAGGGUUGGUAUCUGCACUUCAUUCAUUAUCCCUGUGUUUCCUUUGGGAGAAACUUAUUUUGGUGGUUGAGCUAGAGUGUGGCUCUAGAGAGAACAGAAUUUUAGGUAGGUGGCUGUUUCCUACCCUGAUUCCUUUCAGUAACUUAUUCAGUAGUGUCCAGGAGCUCUCAUCAGCACUGGCACCUUGCAGGACUAGGUGCUCUGUGAAUACACCCAAAGACACAGUCCCCAAUGCAAAAUGCUUUCCUGACUCCUUCUCUCUUCAUCCCUCACUGUUAAAACUCCACCCACCCCUUCCAAAUACUGCUGUUAGCUCCUUGAGUGGCUACCACUGUUAUGAGAAGCUCAACAAGCGUGUUUCCUCAGAUCCAAAUUGGGAUUUCGGGUUGAAGAGUGGCCAACGCACAUCUUCAAAUCACGGUGGCUAAGAUGGAAAAGCUACUCGGCUUCAAAUCUGUCCUGUGCCCUGCUCAAGACAGAGACUUACCUAAGGCUAUCCUUAUCUGAAUUGACACCUUGACCUCUUGUGUUUGAAUUCACUUCUGUCUCCCUGAUUGGAUCUGUGU